AUGAACGACACAACAUCCAAUGCUGGGGUCCUUCUAGAAUCGCCAGAGGCUCAAUUCGCCAAGGUUUUGGAAAACUACCAACUCUCGGGUGCUGCAGCCAGUCCCUUUGAUGUGAUCCAGAACUUCAUUUCCAUUUCUGCUGAGAGAGCGUUGGCAAUUAACCAAGAACACCCGAACGAGUUGCAAGAAUUCGAGAGCUGGGAUUUAGAAACUAAGUUGUGGCAUCUUGUAAACAUACUUUACUCGUAUAGACUCUCUCCGCCAAGCGAUGUUGCUAGCCAACCACAAUAUGCUUCAUUUGCUUCCAAACGCGACGCAUACUUGAAGAACAACCCAAAGAUCCAAGAACUCGUUCUUAUACUUCAGUGGCUACAGGAAAACUCCCCAGAUGUUGUCGUCACUCUGGAACCCAUCCAAGAGCUGAAGUGGACAAGCACUAAAGUUGCGAUAGAGAAUAGGGCAUUGGCUUCACUUGCGUCUACGAACCAAGCAGACUUGGUAGAGCAUUUGGACUCGGACGCUCCCUUACGCUCAAAUGGAAAGAUCACUAAUCAAGACGCUCAUAAAGAUGACACUAAUUUUGCGGUGAUCUACGACCUUCUUCUCAGUGGAAGAAACCAAGAGGCUAUCGACUAUGCAGCCAAGUCUGGAAACUUUACCUUGUCUAUCAUCCUCAUUGGUGCGUUCCAAGACUUCAUUGACCCUGUAAUUGAUGAUGUUGGCGAUUCUGGCAUGGAUAUCGAUGAGGACGAAUCAAUCGUCGUCUCAGAACCUUCUGGUAUCAAGCACAAGUACUUGUGGUAUCAAACAGUUGCAAAGCUUGCCAAAGAUCCCAGAAUUUCUCCUAAUGAAGCGCUCAUCUAUACAUACCUUAGUGGCAGCGAUAUCUCGAGGAAUAUCAAAGAAUCCACAACUUGGGAGACACACAUGCUUCUUUAUGUCAACCAGCUUCUAAACUUUCAUUUACGCGGAUUGUUGAAAAGUUCCUCCAAGUCCUCGAGCGAUCUUGACCCUUCCAUACCAAGCAUCACGUUCCCUGUUCCACAACAUCAAGAUGUCAACAGUAUCUUGAAUACGUUGCAGAGUUCAACUUCUAUAACUGCGAAGAGCAAAAACCCAUUUCGUGUAAUUAUGGGAAGCGUGAUCAUAGAUCAAUUGAUUCUCUUCCUUCACAACUCAUUCAAGUCCACCGACUCGCACAUUGUUGAUGAUAAGCACAUACUACGAGUAUUGGCACACUUGGCUGUCGUAUCAGUUACCUUGGGCAUCGAUGAAGGUUCAAAGGCACCAACAAAAAUUAUCACCAAGUACAUAUCAAAAUUGUCAGAAUCUGGCCUUGAUGACCUUGUCCCAAUCUACCUUUCUUUCAUUCCAGACGAAAAGGAUGUUCGCGAAUGCUACUCAAUUUUCCUCACCACAAUUGUUGACUCAGAGAAGCGUAACAGACAGCUUGAUAUUCUCAGAAAACUUGGGAUUUCUGCUUUCAACGAAAAUGGAACACCCUUCAGUUCUACCACAGAAGAUGUGGGUGACCAAUAUGAAUCUAAAAUCCAUAAUGUCUUGAAGAGGACUGUUGAAAGAGUAAUGACUGAUACUCUGGCACAUUACGAGCCUUUGCAGGAUAUCCAAUUGAACUCCGAUGAGAUUGAUGAUGUGGACCGUAAGCUUUCUCAAUCUGUUGAAUGGUUCUACGAAAAUCAAAUGUACGAAGAUGGAAUAAUAGCCACGCGCACCAUCUUUCAGAGAUUUCUUCAAACCGGUCGCUUAAGAGCAAUUAAAGAAUUCGCCAAGGGCAAAAAUUUCAAAGCAUUAUUAAAGAGCUACGAUUCAACCAUUCAAUUACAGUCUAUUGAGGGAGGCGAAGUUCCAACAUUAGUGACUGAUGCUGACAAAGAGGAACUUCUCCAAUAUGAUAAGUUUGGCCAAUGUUUGAACUACCUUGACGAAUGGAAAGAGUUUAUUAGUUCUAAAAACGACAAUUUCUGGAUGUCUAAGGAUGUUGAAAACUCAAUCGAGAAAAUCACUCUGAACUUGCGCGCUUUCAUCCUGAGUUGGUUACAGGAUGCUAUCAAACACUGCGCUGACGAUGGACGUGUUCAAAUGUACAGAGAAAUGCGCUCGCUAUACGUGCCAUACAUGUUGAUCGAACUCUUACAAGUGUUACAGCAGUGCAGAAUUCGUGACUGGAAAUACAUGCAACAAGCACUCUCAUUGGUCAAUGAGGUUGCAAAUGACAGAGACAAUGAUUUCCUCCACUGUUUCAUUAGCUGUGGUCGGAUCAGUGAGUUUGUCUCUCUAGCUGGCGAAGUUGCAAUGGUAGCAUUGGAAAAAGGAACCAAGGGGAUUUUUACCUAA